GUUAGUUUGCGGCCGCGCUCCAAUGGCGUUGGCCGACACAGAGGGUAAAUCAACGCCAACUCUAGUAUCGUCUGAUCUGACGUGCGUUCAGGGGACCUCCGUGAUUUUCAGGGAGUACCUUUUUGAAGGCAAAGCGUGAUUAGUUGUUGAUCAGUCGGCCAAAUGAACGGACUGCGUCUGAAUUCACCGGACACCUCUCUGUCGGACAUGGAGCGGGUGUUGGACCACGCUGCGGCCAUGCACGUGCCAACGGAGUCCAUGCUUUCCCACACGGUACUCGGUGGGAAAAUGGUCCCGUCACCAGUCAAUCACGCGAGCAAGAACGACUGCGAUCCCCAUCACGGCCGGCCCUUGGACAAACUGUCUUACGGCAGCGGGAACGACGUGAGCAGCACGCCGACCACUACGGGUAGCCCCAACGGCGACGGACAGACCAACCUCGGAGUUUCCGUCAACGACGACGAUAAACAGGUCAAACAGAAGCGACACCGGACCCGCUUCACGCCUGCGCAGUUGAACGAGCUAGAGCGCAACUUCGCCAAGACGCACUACCCGGACAUCUUCAUGAGGGAGGAGAUUGCCAUGCGCGUUGGCCUCACUGAGUCACGUGUGCAGGUCUGGUUUCAGAACCGCCGUGCCAAGUGGAAGAAGCGCAAGAAGACCACCAAUGUGUUCCGGUCACCAGGCUCUCUGCUGCCCUCACACGGCCUACCGCAGUUCCCCUCAGCCAUGGGCGGCGAGCCCUUCUGCAAUUUCCACAGCAACGUGGACUCCCGCGGCUGGCCUACCUCUAUGCAGAUGUCCCAGAUGGGCGGGUCGUCACCCUCCUUAACCCUCCCGCCCACUUUACCCCGGCAGGGCCUGGGCCAGUCCCUGAGUCACCAGAUGGGCGGCAUGGGAGGGUCCGGAGGUAUCGGACAGUCGGCGGCUUCGAACCUCCAGAAUCUCACCGGCGGGCUGUCCGCGAUGUCCGGCAACAACCACAUGCAGUCCAUGUACCAGCCGAGCUUUGGCGGGGUAGGCACGGCGGCCUCCUCGGCCGGCCCGGGCAUGCCCAGCUCGCCCACCGGCAACACCAACGCGUCUAUGGCCGGGGAUUUCUCGUGUUCAGCGGCCACCAGCCCGGACGGCGGGGACAUGUGGCGGGGGACUAGCAUCGCGUCCUUACGGCGGAGAGCGCUGGAACACACAGCCACAAUCAACGGCAUUUUCAGAUGACUAUAAUGACUCUUUGAUAACUCGCCGUUUGGUUCUUAUUUAGAAAAAAGAAUAAGACAUAUUACUUUCUCAUAAAACCACAGAGCCCUCUAUUGCUGGUUCGUGUGAAGAAAACGGGGUAGAAAACUGUUAGGCUAGGAGUUUAUUGUCCAUAUUUCAGUAAAGAGCUGAACCUCCAUAUCAAAGGGAAAUGAUUUUACUGGCGUAGAAAUUGUUUUGUACAGAAAAAUAAUGUAAGGGCAAAAAAGCGUCAUUGAAACCAAACGUGUGAAAAAAAUUCGAGAUAGCAGAGAAUUUUCGCCGGCGAAAACCCCCCAAGAAAUCUCACAAUAUUGCCCGUAGCAUAUCGUAAUACCACUUUUUUAAAUAGUAAUUGGUGUCUGAUGGGGAUUUCUUUUAUAUUUUUUUUAUCAAAAGAUUCAUGUUAACUGACUACGCAAACGCGAUUGCCAAUAGUGCGACCGUAUCACCAAAAGCUAUAAAAUUAUGGAGGUGUUGGGUGAGUGACAAUCGGGGUAGGCCUUGGCUAUUGCGUGAUGACGAGUCUGUCCGUAUAAGCAUCGGUAGCAUGGGGGAUAUAGGCUACAUCAUACAACAGUAUAGCUGUUGUGGUCUCGAGAGAAAACCAAAACACUCUUCAUGCUGGGCGUCCUAAGCGAUUGUCAAGCUUGCUGGAUGUCGGAAUGACACAAAGUUAUUACAAGGAUGGGUCCAAGGGAGUGUAAUGUAUUUGCACAAUGGAAAGUUGGAAACGUCAUUCUUGUCAAGUUUUCCCGAAUGACGUCGUCACUCAGUUGUGCAAAUCUAUAGUUAUUGCUUCAGGCCUUUGGGGUGUUAUGCAUUGACUGCAACGCCUCACCCCCACCCCCCCCC